CCGGUCGCUCUCCCAUAUCGAUCACGUAUGCACACGUCCCACCGACUACACACACGGCAGGCAGGCAGGUAGGCAGCCCCGCGGCAGACCGGGCCUAGAGGCACCUCCUCUCAGCAAUGGCGGCCCCAUGGUCGUGGAACUCCUGCUUGGAGACCCACCUGGACUGGAAGGACUGCAGGCUCGCCAGGAUGGACCCCCCGAUCCAUGCCGAGUAUCGUCGCUCCACGGCAGCGCUGUGUGCGAUCAUCUUGAUCUUGACGCUGCUGCCCAGGCAGUCGUCGGCGUUGAGGCUCUUGGCCAUGCGGUCGGCCAUGCCGGCGAAGAGGGAGGAGCCGCCCGUGCAGAUGACGCCCGACAGCAGCUGCAGCGGGAUAUCGGCGUCGCAAGUGUUGAGGCAGUCCACCACCAUCUGCGGCACACCCUGAUAGUGGCUGAGCCCGGCCUGCUCAGUGCCACUGCCGGUGGCUGCGUCGUCGGACUGCUGUUCGGGCGUGAUGAUGAUGUCGGAGCGGAAGAGCCUCUCGGGGAUGGUGUAGGGGCUGAUUGUCCUGGCGGUGAUCUGUGUGCCGUCCGGCAGGAUGUAGGGCGGCUGCUCGGCAGCCACGGGCAGCUGGUCGAGGCUGACAUUCAUGGCAUCGGGGCUGGCCACGGCCUCGUCCUCCGCGACUCGACACAUGCUCUCCUUGACGAGCCGCAGCGUGUCGUUGCGCGCCUCCCUGUAGUAGCUGGCGUCCACCCGGCCGGCGUCCUGCGGCUGGUUCUCGAAUGUCAUUCCGCCGUCUUUGGUCAGGCGCUUGAAGCAGAAGUGGGGGAGGGCGUUGAUGCCCUUCUGCUUGAGCAGCAGCCCCAGCUGCUGGUCGAGGAAGUCGCCACCAACCGGGGAAUCCUUGACGCUGUUGGACAGGACGAAGCCGUCCAGCACCGCCGAUACCGACGUGCGGGAGGCGCCCAUGUCGAUGACCAACGAAGUGGAUCUGCCUGACGCAAACGAGCUCAGCACCGCAUCCUGAAGCGACAGUUAACACGCACUCCGCGGAAUGUUUUCUUUCUCAGUAAAACUGGGUCGCCGACUGACCUUGCAGAAGUAGAGUGCAGGCACCUCAUACUUGUUGAAGAGCACAUCCAUGAUGGAAUCCCGGAAGGCCUUGCUGUGCCGCGUCGGCUCCGGCAGCAUCACGGGCGUCUCCUCAAACCGCACCGACAGAUCCUUCUCGAUGUGCCGGCAGAUGGCGUCGAACACCUCGGUGUCCACACUCGUCAGCCCCCUCUCAUCGCGGCUGAGGCACCUGUGCACGCCUAGGUGAUCCUUCUUGACGAGCACGUUGAGCGGGUAGACCACGUCGCCCUUCCUGCGGUCGUCGUGGCUGGUGUACUUGCCCAUGGACGACAGGUGGUCCAUCUUGGGCGCAUCUUCGCCAGCAAAGCCGCACCUAACGGAUCGUGAACCGACGUCGAUGACGAGGGCGUUGACGUCAUCGCCGUGGCCGGCGGUCUUCUCCUCAGACGGCAUCCUCUUUUGCUGCGUGCGAGAGAUGGAUGGAUGCAGUGGUCACCACGAGUCGCAGAUCCGGACUGACGGCGUCAUCGCUUCAGCGCGCACACAUUGGCAGUGGCAGGCGGAUCUUCCUCAAAAGAG